AUGAUCGCUUCAAGAAGUAACCUCGAACGAUAUGGAUAUGGCAACUACGAAAUUGAGACUUGGCAGCCGCUUGGCUUCAGUACGGACAGAAUACGAACUACAAAGGUUCAUAUUCAAGAUCAAGUCUUUGCCGUCCAUGUUGCAGAUAUUACCACUCAUACGAAUAUCGAGAAACAAGCUGAAAUUGAAUCCGAAGAAUUUUUGACCCCAUCGGAUGAUGAAAUCCACCAUGAUCUUGUUCUGGAGGCUGACGUUAAAGCAUUCACGGUCGAUAACUGCUCCAAUGGCGAACUAUCAAGAGCUGCUGACCUUGGUCUCGCCCAACUUCACGAUAUGAGAACAAAUGCCGAGAUGAUAGCGAAUCUAGCCCCAAUCGGAGCUCCCGUAAUUGCUGACAUGGACACCGGCUAUGGCGGACCUCUUAUGGUUGCAAAAUCUCUGCAACAAUACCACCUUGCUGGGGUUGCAGGAUUCCAUAUUGAAGACCAAGUGGCACAGAAAAGAUGUGGGCAUUUAGCUGGCAAGGAAGUGGUGAAUAUUGAGGAAUAUGCCAGCCGUAUCAAGGCCUGUGUGUACAAGCGGAAGCAACUUCGUUCUGACAUCGUCAUCAUCGCACGCACAGAUGUACUCCAGAGUCGUGGAUAUGUAGCAGCAAUGGAACGUGUGCACCGAGCCAGAGACUUGGGCGCCGAUAUGGGGAUUCUGGAGGGCGUGCAAAGCAAAGAGCAGGCCGCACAGGCUGUCAGAGAGCUGGCGCCGUGGCUGAUGUGCUACAAUAGUGUCGAGAACGGCGUCUCUCCAUUAAUCUCGGCAGCGGAAGCUGAACAGAUGGGCUACAGGAUUAUCAUAUUUUCAUUUGCCUGUUUAGCACCCGCAUAUGAAGCAAUCAAAAGUACGUUAGAGAGACUUAAGGGUAUCGGGUUGACAGGGAGCUCUGUAUCUCCAAUGACGAUAUUCGAAGUCUGCGGGCUUUGA